AAACCUGUGUCAUUCUCAGUGUAGAUUCUGAAAAUCUUUAGCAAAUCAUCCAAAACGUGUCGCGCGUAAAUUGUUGUCCGACGAUGAUGCGCGAUCGUUUCCAAUCGCUGUCUUUAUUAUAACACCGACUGCGAUGCACGGUGUCAUUAAACAACCAGAGCACGAUCUGAAAUAAUCCAGCGUUGCAUAGGAAGCAAAUGUAUCAGAAAUUCACCGAGUAGCGCUCGGCAUCACAACCGUAGGAUUUAAUCGACGCGUCAAUGUAAAUUUGAGGAUUUUUAUGGUAAACACUAGCUCUAUCGCACAUAGACUGAAACGUCAUCAACAUUUUCCUGUAUUUAAAUGGUUGAGAGAGAGAGGAGGUCAUUGCUGAAAUAAGGAAGAACGCCGGUAGUGUAUUAAAAGAAACUGAGGGAAUUACACACAAGUGAAGAUUUACUUGAUUAGGCUACAUAAAUGGGGGAUUACGGCUUUCUGGUUAAAAACAACGCUGCAAACAAAUCCGUUUUUCCGGUAAGAAUACAUCCACACCUGCAGCAUCCUGUUCACCACCAGACAGCACCUCCAAGCCCCCCGGCUUUCAUCAGCAGCAACAACACUACCAAUGGUGGGAGUGUUGGGUCUGCUUGGCUUUUCCCAGCUGUGACGACCCACUCUAACAUGCAAGAUGAUAUUUUGGAGUCCGAGACGUCCAAGGCUCCGCAACCGCAACAAGAGAGUCAUGAAGGACAAGACAAGCAGGCGCUCUCUCCGCCAGGUCACCAGGAAGCACCAGGAAUCAUAUCAGAGUUGGACAACACCAUGCCUGAGGAGAACCAGCUGGAGAAAGGGACCAUGGAGAACGCUAACGGGAAAGAGGCACUGCGGCUCGAAUCUCCAGUGUUAUCAGGGUUUGACUAUCAGGAGACGUCUGGUAUUGGUACUUUAGCACAGUCUAGUAGCUCUUCUUCAUCGUCCCUUACUGGCUUCAGCAGCUGGUCCACUGCUAUACCCCCCAACCCUUCCACCUUGAUCGAAGAGGUUGGCUUUUUCAAUCAGGCUGCUACUACUAACAAUGCUCCUCCUCCGCUGCUAUUUCAAAGUUUCUCUCAUCACACCAGUACAGGGUUCGGGGGGAACUUCUCCCACCAGAUAGGUCCUCUAUCUCAGCACCAUCCAUCUCCUCAUCCUCACUUCCAGCACCCUCAUAAUCAGCACCGCAGGUCCUCGGCCAGCCCCCAUCCACCUCCCUUCUCCCACCGCAGUGCUGCUUUCAACCAGUUGCCCAAUUUGGGGAACAACCUAAUCAAGCCUCCUUCCCCUUGGGGGAGCUAUCAGAGCCCCUCGUCCACCCCAUCUUCUACUUCAUGGAGCCCAGGUGGAGGAUACGGAGGCUGGGGAAGCUCUCAGGGACGGGAGUAUCGCCGAGGGCUGAACGGAGGGGUCAAUCCCCUCAACUCGAUCUCUCCUUUAAAGAAGUCUUUCCCAAAUAACCAACCCCCAACGCAGAAGUUUCCCCGCAAUAACUCCGGCUUCAACACUAAACCCUGGAUGGAGGAUACCAUAAACCGCAAUGACAGCAUCUUUCCUUUUCAGGAGCGCAGUCGGUCCUUUGAUGGUUUCAGCAUGCACUCUCUAGAGAACUCUCUGAUCGACAUCAUGAGAGCCGAGCAGGAUUCCUUGAAAGCGAGGAAUUACGGGAGGCGACGAGGUCACUCAUCGUUGUUUCCCAUGGAGGAUGAGCGGACUUACGGAGAGGAUGACCGGUCUGAUCAGAGUCUGAGUGGACUGGGAUCACCACACAGUUUCCCUCACCAAAACGGCGAACGCAUUGAGCGCUUUUCUCGCAAGGUCUUUGUUGGUGGUCUACCUCCAGACAUAGAUGAAGACGAGAUCACUGCCAGUUUCCGACGCUUUGGACAUUUGUUUGUGGACUGGCCUCAUAAAGCAGAAAGCAAAUCGUAUUUUCCACCGAAAGGUUAUGCGUUCCUUCUGUUUCAAGACGAGAGCUCGGUCCAGGCACUGAUAGACGCUUGUAUGGAAGAGGAUGGGAAGCUCUAUCUCUGUGUCUCUAGCCCUACAAUCAAAGAUAAGCCGGUCCAGAUACGACCCUGGAAUUUGAACGACAGUGACUUUGUGAUGGAUGGCUCUCAGCCCCUUGACCCCAGAAAAACAAUCUUUGUUGGGGGAGUUCCACGACCUCUACGAGCUGUGGAGCUCGCAAUGAUUAUGGACAGACUGUACGGCGGGGUGUGCUAUGCUGGCAUUGACACUGACCCUGAGCUGAAGUAUCCUAAAGGGGCUGGACGUGUGGCCUUCUCCAAUCAGCAGAGCUACAUUGCUGCUAUCAGUGCUCGCUUUGUGCAACUGCAACACGGAGAGAUCGAUAAACGGGUGGAAGUGAAGCCAUAUGUACUGGAUGACCAGCUGUGUGAUGAGUGUCAGGGCACGCGUUGUGGGGGCAAGUUCGCUCCGUUCUUCUGUGCUAACGUCACUUGUCUUCAGUACUACUGUGAAUACUGCUGGGCAGCCAUUCACUCGCGUGCCGGACGGGAGUUUCACAAGCCUCUAGUGAAGGAGGGAGGAGACCGGCCUCGCCACAUCUCCUUCCGCUGGAACUGAUCCAGAGAUCAAGGCUGUGCUAUUCAUAUACAUGCACUUUUCAUUUUGCUAAGUCCUUUUUAUUUACAGUUCUUUUUUAAGUCUGAAAUUGUAUUUAUUCUUAAGUUUUUAAUUUUAUUUUUUUUGCAGAAGAUAAUGCUAAAAGAAAAUGGUGUAAUCCUGAUUUUUGUUGAAAAGCUACAUUGGUGCGCAUGAAGACUUGAAUGCAUUAGAUUUAAAAAAAAAAUAUAGAUGUUUAGCCUGACUUGACUCUGAAUUACUGUUCUAUCUUUAUUCUCUCUGAACCUCAUCUUUUGUUUGUAAUGGGUCACAUUUUCACUUUAAACUGUUGAAGGCUACACACAAAGAGGCUGGAAACGUAAGGGUGCGAGCCUCGUUCAUAUGACUUCAAUGUCAAGUUUGCUAUUUCACGGACUAAUCUUAAAUGGUUGCAUGGCAAAUGUGGACUCGCAGUUACUCCUUCAACAAAAUGCACAGUAACAACUAACAAGAGAACACAAGCUAUUGUAUGAAUGACUUAAAAUAAGGGGUUCAUUCUGGAAUGGGUUAUAUGGACUGGUUCUAACAUCUUUGUGAUUAAGUGGAAAACAGAUUUAUAAUAUUAAAAUCCUUUAGAGGUUCUCAUCCUAACAAUGCUCAGACACUGUAAGAUUACUAUUAAACUGCUUCCAAGUUACCUAUAACUUAAUCAAGCGUAAGAUCUGUGACGAGGCUAACGGACAACUACUGAGAACAGCAGUGAUGCACAGUUUUUAGGUCAGGCAAACCAAAGAUGAGCCUUAGAGAUGUCCUACUGUCUGUGAUACAAUGAAGAUUAUAUAUGAUAGAAAGUUUAAAUUUAAUUGGGUUGAUGGGUUAAAAAAUAAUGAAAUCUAUUAACUUGAGUAUUUAUGAUUCUUGUAAUGGUUAUGGCAGUAACUUUGGCUCAUUUGUCAGGGAUUUUGUGCUAAAAGCUAACUCAAUGUUGUAGUAUUUGCUAAUGAGAAAUUACCAUGUGUUGCAUUGAUAGUGUUUUACUGCAUGGGUUAAUUGGUGUUCUAACAGAGCAUUGCAGUAGCGGAGCACAUUUCAAAGAAUUUGAAAAACAAAUAUUAUUUUUUACAUGGUCUGCUGAUUUUUGUACUGUGUUUUAUAGCUAAUUAUUUUGUCAUGGACGUAAAACCAUUAUGCACUACUUUUCUAAAUAUUGUUUUUCAAGUCACUUUUUUCCACAAAUGGAAAGUCCUUUUGUGAUAACUUUUCUUUUUUUCACUUGUUGGAUAUAGAUUUUGUACCUUUUGUUACUGAGAGAUCUGGUUAUAACGCAAGCAUACCUUAAGGAAAAAAAAAAAAAAAGCUAAUAUAAUUUUGUUUAGGUUUUUAUGUAUUUACGUGCUGAAAUCCCUAGAUUGUCACAUAUAUAUUAAAGUGACCGUAUUGUUGAAACUAAUAUCUAAUAUUUGCAAAAUGACUGCAAAAACAGUGUUCUGUUCUGUCUUAAUGGACAAAGUAAAUAUUGAAUCUAGCAUGACACAAAUUCUUUAAAAUGUGUGGUACAUGUAGAAAUAUAUACCUACCCACUAUCAGUUAUGAGAAUGAUGAUACCUCCCUCAUUAUUGGCUGUAGAAAAUAAAAUAAUUAACACUGUAAAUUAGAGUAAUGUUAGGAUGCAACAUGUAUCACAAUGAUGAAUGUUCCGUAUUGAAAUAUCAAUGUUUACUGUUAUGUAUAAUUCUGAGAGGCAACAAGGUUCAUGUAUUCAUUCGGUACGCAUGAGCUAAAUUAAUAAGUUAGUGUUUAGUUAUUUUCAAUUGCUUUAAUAGUGCUUUUUUGUUUUAACCCUUUCCCCACACUUUCAGUUGUACCUUGCCCAUGCACAAAGUGUGCAUACCCCACUUUACUGUGUUUACUAGUUGAUAAAAAGAAGCAUACGAGAGGGCGAUUAGUCGCAUAUUGAUUCAGGGUUUACUUGAAUACGCUUUCAAAAUAUUGACAGUGAGAUCUGUGCAAUACUUUUUCCCAGAGACCUUUACAGUGUACUUCUGAUAUAUAACCAUUACUUGCAACAUGUCUCACCUCACAAACUCUCCUUCAGCCAUUAUAACCUUUAUCAUUCUCUGAUUUAUAUAUAUA